CGCACAGAGACGUAGAUAUUUUUGCAGCAAUUCGCGCAUCACGACGAGCAGUCUCGUGAGCUCGUCGCUGCGGAAAAGCGAGAUCCCCAUCGCAUUGUUCGCUUUUUCUUCCCCACCGCAAUCGCAGAAGAGGUCUCCAUCCACCGAUUGUCCCUACCGGAUCUGCCCUGCUCCAGACCAACUUGGCUUCGACGAGCCAUGCUGCUCAAUCUGGGAUCGCACUCCGGGAUCAAGUCCCGCAGCACCGUCACCCUUGUCUUCCGGUUGCCUUACUACACCCAAUGGGGGCAGAGUCUCCUCAUCUGCGGCUCCCAGCCCCCGCUCGGCUCCGGGAACGUCAAGCAAGGGCUGGCCUUGAGCCCGUCGCACCAGGGCGAUGAGUUGAUCUGGUACGCUAAGGUCUCCGUCUCCGCUGGUUUCAGUUGCGAGUACAGUUACUAUGUCGUCGACGAUAAUCGAAAUGUGCUGAGGCGGGAGGCGGGGAAGAAACGGAGGUUUACGCUGCCGAGUGACGUACCGGAAAAAGCCGUAGUGGAAAUUCGUGAUCUUUGGCAGGAAGCUUCGGAAUCUUUGUUCCUUAGCAGCGCAUUCAAAGAUGUCAUUUUUGGCGGAGAGAAAGACUUGGACGCUGACGAAGAGGGUCCUGAUGUUUCUCUGAAAAGCUUGGACUGGCAAGAUUCAAUCGUUGUUCAAUUCAUGAUUAGAUGCUCAAAAAUAGAACACGGAGCUUCAAUUGGUGUUACUGGAAGUGCCUCCCAAUUAGGCAAAUGGAAGACCCAGGAUGGACUAAGGCUAAAAUAUGCAGGAGACAAUACUUGGAAAGCAGAAUGUGUGUUGAGGAAAUAUGAGUUCCCACUUAAAUAUAAAUAUUAUCAAGUUCAUGAAUUGACUGAUCCUACUCUUGAACUUGGACCCAACAGAGAGUUAUCUGUUGACUCCCAGUCAAUUCAUCCUCCCAACUACAUUGUACUAGCAGAUGGCCCCUUUCGGGUAACUGCGUGGAGGGGUUCUGGUGUUGCUAUACCAAUGUUCUCCAUUAGAUCCACUGACGAUCUUGGAGUUGGAGAAUUCCUAGAUCUGAAGUUGCUUGUUGAUUGGGCUAUUGAAUCUGGUUUUCACCUCGUACAGCUUCUUCCAAUCAAUGACACCUCAGUUCAUAGAAUGUGGUGGGAUUCUUAUCCAUACAGUUCUCUCUCUGUAUUUGCACUGCAUCCUUUGUACCUGAGAGUUCAAGCCCUUUCAGAUGACAUCCCAGAAAACAUUAAGGAAGAGAUACUGAAGAUGAAACAACAAUUGGACAAAAAGGAUGUUGAUUAUGAGGCUACAAUGGCUGCUAAAUUAUCAAUUUCAAAGAAAAUAUUUGAUCUAGAAAAGGAAAAAAUACUAAAUUCUGGCUCUUUUAAAACGUUCAUCUCUGAGAAUGAGAAUUGGUUGAAACCAUAUGCAGCAUAUUGUUUUCUAAGGGACUUCUUUGAGACAUCAGAUCGCACUCAAUGGGGUAGCUUUUCUCAUUUCUCCAGUGAAAAGCUCGAGAAACUGGUCUCAGAGGAUGCCUUACAUCAUGAUGUUAUAUUCUUUCACUACUAUAUUCAGUUCCAUCUACAUAAGCAAUUAUCAGAAGCAGCAGAUUAUGCAAGGAAGAAAAAAAUUGUAUUGAAAGGUGAUUUGCCAAUAGGUGUUGACAGGAACAGUGUAGAUACAUGGGUAUAUCCAAACUUAUUUCGUAUGAACACAUCCACUGGAGCUCCUCCAGAUUAUUUUGACAAAAAUGGACAGAAUUGGGGUUUUCCUACAUAUAACUGGGAGGAAAUGUCAAAGGACAAUUAUGCAUGGUGGCGAGCUCGGCUGACACAGAUGGCAAAGUAUUUUACAGCCUAUAGGAUAGAUCACAUCCUAGGUUUCUUUAGAAUUUGGGAACUUCCUGAUCAUGCUGCUACUGGUUUAGUUGGAAAAUUCCGUCCAUCUAUUGCCCUGAGUCAGGAGGAGCUUGAAAAGGAAGGCAUAUGGGAUUUCAAUCGGUUGAGCUGUCCAUAUGUUCGGCAAGAAAUCUUACAGGAGAAAUUUGGAACAUUUUGGACUGUGAUUGCAUCGAAUUUUUUCAAUGAAUACCAAAAGCUCUGUUACGAGUUCAAGGAAGAUUGCAAUACAGAGAAAAAUAUUAUAUCCAAACUCAAAACCCUUCCUGAAAAGUCACUGUGGUUGGAGAAAGAAAGCAAGAUACAAAGUGAUCUUUUGGAGCUUAUACAGAAUAUUGUUCUUAUCAGAGAUCCUGAAGACCCAAGGAAAUUUUAUCCUCGUUUUAAUCUCGAAGACACAUCCAAUUUUAAAGCUUUAGAUGAACACAGCAAAAAUGUACUUAAGAGAUUAUACUACGAUUACUAUUUUUGCCGGCAAGAAGAUCUAUGGCGUCAGAAUGCAAUGAAAACUCUGCCUGUACUAUUGAACUCCUCUGAUAUGUUGGCCUGUGGGGAGGAUCUUGGACUCAUCCCUUCUUGUGUCCAUCCCGUAAUGCAAGAAUUGGGUUUAAUUGGCUUACGCAUUCAGAGAAUGCCUAAUGAACCAGACAGAGAAUUUGGUAUACCAUCUCAAUACCCUUAUAUGACGGUCUGUGCACCAUCUUGCCAUGACUGCUCCACCAUGCGCGCUUGGUGGGAGGAAGAUGAAGAAAGGAGAUGCCGGUUUUACAGAGAUGUCGUUGGUUGUAAUGAUAUUCCUCCUCCUCGUUGCACCACAGACAUAGCAUACUACAUUAUUCAGCAGCACAUUCAAGCACCAUCGAUGUGGGCAAUUUUCCCACUUCAGGACAUGUUGGCACUAAAAGAUGAAUACACAACUAGACCGGCAGUAGAGGAGACCAUAAAUGAUCCAACAAAUCCAAAGCAUUAUUGGCGAUAUAGAUUACAUAUCAACUUAGAUUCCCUGUUGCUUGAUAACGAUCUCAAAAACCUCGUAAAAGACAUGGUGAUUAACAGUGGAAGAUCAUAUCCUGUGGAGAAGAACAAUGGAAUUGGUGUUGCUGCUGCCUCAGAAAAGAAGCAGGCAGAGAAAGAUCAAGAAGGAAUUGCCACCAUUCAAAUAAAUGGCAGUUCAUCAAACAGAAGCUCCAUCCCUGUUUGAUUCAACUCUCACUAGAGCUCUCUCUAUGUGUGUCUUUUCUUUAAUAGAAAGCUAUGAAAGUACAAGGAUUAUAAAUUUGAGGUCAUAAUUUAGCUUCAUAGAAGAAUGAGGUUGAUGAAUAAUAGUGCCUCAUAGCAUGAAGCACCCCCUCAAUUUAAAUUUGAGGCAUCAACUUGAAUGGAGCUCAAACUUGGAUUAUAACAGAUUUUACUGCAUCUAUUUAUGUUUUUUGAACACACAUUCUAAGUCCUAAGGAGAGGCUCCACUGUUGUAAUUCUUUACAUUAGGGUUUGUAGUGAUCAGAAUUAUAUGGUUCUAGAUUCAUUUGUUAAAAGGCGAUUCGUUCGCCCUAUCAUCUCUGCCGGUCCGUCGCCAGGCCAUCAUGGUAGAUUCAUAUGUUA